AUGGAUUCGGCGGUUUCGUCCAUAGCGACACCUCCUGCCGCUGCCCGGGCGCACAGAUCCCAGGCUCUGGACGACUUGAUCAUGGGUACCAACAGUAGCAGCAUUGUCUCCAAGCGCAGCGUUGAAAGGCUCUACUACCCUGACGAACCUCACUAUUUUCGCUACUUUGUGAAGAAGUUUCAGCGACGAGCGCCGCUGAUUAACCGGGGGUACUGGUUGAGACUUAAAGCAAUUGAUACUAUUGUCAAACAAUUUCUUUUACGCUGUGAUGGGCAAAAAGUAGUCAUCAAUCUUGGAUGUGGAAGCGAUGUUUUGCCAUGGCAAAGCAAUGUCCGAUAUGGAGGCAAAUGUAGCGAUGCAUUGUUUAUUGACAUUGACUACGCAGACCUCAUGCACAGGAAGAGAGCUGUGGUCCUGGAGACUCCUCAGCUGAAAGAGCUCCUCGGGUCUUCUUUUGAAGUUUCCAAAUCUGACAAAGAUAUUUUGCUGCUGAAGAGUGAAAGAUACUGUCAGAUCGGAUGCGACCUUCGUGAUUUGCAAGCACUCCGCCAUGUGCUAGAGACUCUGGCCGAUUUGUCGCAAUGCCCUGUUCUCUUCGUUGCCGAGGUCUCCAUUACUUAUAUGGAUACAGAAUCUGCAGAUAGAUUACUCGAAUGGGCUAGUUCUGUUGGGAAGGCCGAGUUCUGCCUUCUGGAGCAAAUUAUGCCCUAUGGUCGUGGCCAUCCGUUCGCUCAGACAAUGCUCCUGCAUUUUGACAAGCUCAAGACGCCACCUCGGUCUGUCAGGUGUUAUCCGACCAUCAACGACCAGUCUCAGAGGUUCAAGAGCCGUGGAUGGCCAAGUGUACGGGUAUGGGAUUUGUGGGAUGCCUGGUCCUGCGGCGAGUUUGUGAAUGUCCAAGAGCGGGUCGCUCUCGACGACAUUGAGCCAUUCGAUGAGUGGGAAGAGUUUAUGCUCUUUGCACGCCACUACUUUGUUCUUCACGCAUCAGCAAUUGGGGAAGAAGACGUAACGAAGGGAAAGACGGGGAUCCAACUUGUCCUUCAACCAACAAUCCAACCCUAUAAAGUGCAACCUUGCCACGAACUCAGUAUGCAGUUUACUACGUUGACUGGCAGCAUCAAGCGCCGAUUUGGGGCGUUGGCGACACUUCGGGAUGUAGAGGGGCGGAACUUUGUAUUGAACAUGAUGGGACUCGGCUCUAAUACCCGCGAGGAUAGGUAUGAUAUCUAUUCUCUCGAUGGAGGAGCCGCAUUUUCUCCAGCACUGCCUUUGACAGGUCCAUCGCCGCGCAUGUGCUUCACUGUUACAGACUUGGGAUCCUAUGGCAUAUUGCUUGCCGGAGGCCGUGGUUCUCCAGCAAGCGCAUUGUCUGAUUGCUGGCUCCUCAGAAACGAUCAUGGCCAGAGCUGGCAGUCGACGUGGAGGCUACCGCUUCCCCUUUAUCGCCAUUCUGCGUUACGACUAGCUGGAACAUCACUGGUUCUUGUAGCUGGAGGUAAAAUAAGUCCCUCGCGAAUCUCCGAGUAUUUUUUCGUGUUGAAUCCCGAAAAAGGCUGGCUCCAGUGCAGAAUUGCUGGGGACAUACCAAAGCCUUCCUUUGGCUCCAUUCUGUGCAACAGUCCGGUGGGCUCUUCGGAUGGAAAGCCUACAGGACUUCUUUGCGGCGGAAUCGAAACAUCUGGCCUACUCGCCCAGAAGAAAUACCAAUGGACACUGGACAUCGCUUCUGAGCACCUGACCAGUGGUAAGCCCACCAUCACAUUUGCGAUAAUGAGCCAAAACUUUACCCCGGAACUGUCGAUAUUCGGAGCAAGCUGUGUCGAAAUCCAAGGAAAUACACUUAUCUGCGGAGGCAUAGGUGCAGACCAGGCCAUCAAUGGGCAAGCAAUGUAUUGCCUGACCUCAUCAGAAUCCAAGGUCGACCUCACUAGAAUCACGCAGCGCCCAGACGAUGCAGCUACCAAACCAUUCAUGAUUGGCACUUCGGUAUUGUAUACUGAUGAUCAUAUUGUUAUUGCCGGAGGUGGUGCGACCUGUUUUUCCAUGGGUACAUUCUGGGAGACGAAUGUCUACCAAGCCCAAGUGCCCACGAUCCUUAACAGUGGUCGUGUGGUCGCAGAUAGAAGAUUGAUGUCUACCGAGAUCAGAUUGAUGUCUUCGCAACGUGUCACAAGCAGCACUUCUGCCCACAGAGGCGGUAGUGAACUAGGCAGACCUGAUGCAAAAGCUAGAAUAACAACGAUCGCACGCGUUAGCUUGAGCUCGGAAACCGAUUUUGAAGAUAUCAUCCUGCGCGGCCAGCCGGUGGUAAUUGAGAAUCUUCAACUGGGCGACUGUCUCAAGAGAUGGACCGUUGAAUAUAUGACAAAAAGAGUGGGAAGCGGCAAGAAGCCGCAUGAUUGCACAAUGAAUUUUACCACGAAGAAUUUUCGCUACGUCACUGAAGACUUUGGCACUAUUUUGGCUAGAGCCAGCAAUGGCGAGCGUUUGUACUUGCGCUCACUGUCAAACGAGAAGCCAGCCGAGCAGCCAGCCAAGCUGGAAGACGAUUUCCCUGACCUGGCCGCAGAUUUCGUUCUGCCAAGACAACUUGAUUAUGUCAAGAAAAAGCUUUUCAGUUCCGUGUUGCGAGUGUCUGGCAAAAUCAACAUGUGGCUUCACUAUGAUGUUAUGGCGAAUGUGUACGCGCAGAUCAUUGGAACAAAAAGAAUGAUGCUUUUCCCACCGAGCGAUAUACCUCAUCUAGCAUUUGCGCCUGGUGCGUCUAGCUCCAGCGUCGAUGUGUUUACAUUGCUCGAAACGCCCAAGCUAGCUCAUACACGUCCUCAUGAAGCCAUCGUUGGCCCUGGAGACGUGCUAUUUCUGCCACCCCUGUGGCUGCAUACCGCAACACCCUCAACAGACAUGAGCGUUGCGGUAAAUGUAUUUUUUCGCGAUCUUGACGGCGGGUACGCCACCGGACGCGAUGUGUACGGCAACAGAGAUCUGGCCGCCUAUGAAAAGGGCAGACAUGAGGUGGCCAAAAUUGCAAAGGAAUUUCAUGAGCUACCAGAAGAGAUUCGCAAGUUUUAUCUCGCAAGCCCAUCUGGCGAUCUGACACCAGCCUACAUUUCGUGGGAACACGUCUCUCGAGAUCGCAGCGCGGCAGAGGAACAGGCUGCUCGCGACAAGGAGCUUCCGAACGGGAAAACCAUCACCAGCUGCGCGCUGAUCUGCCUUGAUCAAUUCAUUUACGAAGAACGCAGUCUCCUGCACACGGCCGCCGACAUGCCUGCUACUGGACGUUUGCUCCGUCGCAUGCUGCUCCCCGGAGCUGCCGUGACGACGGGAGGUGUCUUGGUCUACAGCUAUCGCCCACGAAAUAUUCCUGGCCAUGCAUCUGCCGCAGUACCACCACCAACGUAUGCCCUCGAUGGCUCCUUCACGAUGCCGCGCUUCCCGCACGUCAAGUCCCGCCAGGAGCAGCUCGACGCUCUACGCCUGAGCGGAAGCGACUCUACCGAUGACGAAUAUGACAUGCUCGUGAUUGGUGGCGGCGCUACCGGUGCUGGUGUUGCUCUUGAUGCUACGACUCGUGGACUCCGAGUUGCUGUCGUGGAACGUGAUGACUUUAGUAGUGGAACUAGUAGUAAAAGCACAAAACUGGUUCACGGUGGUGUUCGGUACCUUGAAAAGGCUGUCUGGAACCUAGACUACAACCAGUACAAGCUGGUUCGCGAGGCUCUCACGGAGCGCAAGUAUUUUUUGCAGACUGCGCCUCACCUUUCCAUGUGGCUGCCGAUAAUGUUGCCUCUGGACAAAUGGUGGAAGGCACCUUACUACUGGGCCGGAACCAAGUUCUACGAUGUUCUUGCCGGAAGCGAAGGCAUCGAAAGCUCCUAUUUUCUUACCCGCAGUAAGGCUCUCGAGGCCUUCCCGAUGCUCAAGCAGACGGACCUGGUCGGCGCUUUGGUCUACUACGACGGUGCCCACAACGACUCCCGUAUGAACGUCUCCAUCGCCAUGACAGCGGCUCUCUAUGGCGCGACCGUUGCGAAUCACACCGAAGUCACCGGCCUUCUUAAGGAUGAUAAUGGCCAUCUCUGCGGCGCUAAAAUCCGUGACAAUAUUGCCGUUCGCAACGGUAAGCCUAUCGAGGACUUUAUCGUGCGCGCAAAAUGUGUCGUCAACUGCACAGGUCCCUUUACAGAUGCCAUUCGUAAGAUGGAUGACGAAAGUUGUAAGGAAAUAGUUGCACCGUCCUCGGGUGUCCAUGUUAUAUUGCCAGGCUACUACAGUCCGGGCGAAAUGGGUCUGUUGGAUCCGUCAACCUCUGACGGCCGUGUGAUUUUCUUUCUGCCCUGGCAGGGAAACACCAUUGCAGGCACCACAGAUUCACCUUGUGCAAUCACACCUAACCCAGUUCCAGAUGAAGAAUCUAUUAAAUGGAUACUCGAUGAAAUUCGAGGCUACCUCUCUCCCGAAAUCCGUGUUCGCCGCGGUGACGUCUUAGCCGCCUGGUCGGGUAUUCGGCCACUCGUCAAAGACCCCAAAGCCAAGAAUACCGAGUCGCUCGUGCGCAACCAUCUCAUAGACGUUUCUCGCUCCGGCCUUUUGACUUGUGCUGGCGGCAAAUGGACAACGUAUCGUCAGAUGGCCGAGGACUGCGUUGACGUCGCUGUCAAAGAGUUUGGUCUCAAUACCAAAGCAGUCGAGAACGCACCGCGAGUCAGUGGGACCAACCACAUAGACGAUGGUGCCAUCCUUGAUGGCAAGUGCCAAACCCACAACGUGAGAUUAAUUGGGGCACAUGGCUUCAGCAAGACGCUCUUUAUACCCUUAAUUCAGUACUUUGGCGUGGAGACAGAGGUCGCCAAGCAUCUCACUGAAAGCUACGGGGACCGUGCCUGGUCAGUUGCUGCUCUUUGCAAGCAAACAACGCAGCGUUUUCCCGCCCGUGGGGAGCGUAUAUCCCAACUCUAUCCCUUUGUGGACGGCGAGGUGCGAUAUGCUUGCCGACACGAGUACGCACAGACGCCCGUCGACAUCCUGGCGAGACGCACACGCCUGGCCUUUCUCAGCGCCCAAGCAGCCCUUGAGGCUCUCCCCAAGGUUAUCGAUAUCAUGGCGGAGGAACUGAAGUGGGAUCAUCGCAGACAAGAAAGGGAAUGGGAUGAUACUGUUGACUUUCUCAAGUACAUGGGCCUCCCUCAGCCGUUGCAGUCUGCCACUCCUAUACUAGUGGUGGUCUGCACUGAAGAGGGGUCUACGUUCUGUGUCAACAUCACACCUCUUGCGGAAAGGGCGUAUCAUGCCGCUCCGUCCUCAAACUGUGGCCAUGCUCAAUAUCCAUACAGCGCGCCCUCUUGUUAG